AUGAGCGAGAGCGAGGAGUUGGAGGCGACGAGAAAGAUGCUGCCGCUCAUGGAGGGCGGUUCGAUGCGGGAUUAUCAGCUCAAGGGGGUGAAUUGGAUGAUUUCUUUAUAUCAAAACGGCUUGAACGGAAUCUUGGCGGACCAGAUGGGUCUCGGGAAGACGGUGCAGACGAUUGGUUUUUUAUCGCACUUGCGAUCGAAGGGCGUGUUGGGACCGUAUCUCGUCAUCGGUCCGUUAUCGACGCUGAGCAAUUGGGUGAGCGAGUUUCAACGUUGGACGCCGUCGAUUCCCGUGCUUUUGUACCACGGCACGAGGCAAGAACGCGCGGAGAAGCGAAUCGAAUUCUUGCCGACGUCGACGCCGAUCAAACCCGAUUUCCCCGUCAUCGUCACCUCGUACGAAGUCGUCAUGGCCGAUCGCAAGUUUUUGGCCAAGUACAACUUCAAGUACUUGGUCGUGGACGAAGGUCACAGAUUGAAAAACUUUGACUGCAAGCUCAUUCGCGAGCUCAAGUACAUUCCCACCGCGAACAAGUUGUUGCUCACCGGCACGCCGCUCCAGAACAACUUGCCCGAGCUUUGGUCGCUUUUGCACUUUUUGCUCCCAGACGUCUUCAGUUCGCUGUCGCAGUUCCAAUCUUGGUUUGACUUUGCCGACAACAUCGGGAACGACGAAUCGCAAGAGCAGGAGGUGGUCGAUAAGAAUGAACAAGAGCAUCGCGCGCGCGUCGUGAGCAAGUUGCACGGUAUUUUGCGACCAUUUUUGUUGCGCCGAUUAAAGGGCGACGUCGAGCUUUCGCUUCCGCGCAAGAAGGAGAUUCUUUUGUACGCGCAAAUGGUUCCAAAGCAAAAAGAGUUCAACGACGCGUUGGUGAACAAAACCAUCACCGAGAUGCUGACGAAAUUCGCGGGCAACAGCCACAUUCCCGUCGGUCACACCGCUGUGAACAACAUGCUCAUGCAACUGCGGAAAAACUGCAACCACCCGGAUUUGAUCACCGGCGGUCUGGACGGAUCCAUCAUGUUCCCCUCCGCGGACGAACUCGUGGAACAGUGCGGGAAGAUGCAGCUCCUCGAUAGGUUGAUGACGCGCCUGCGCGCGCGCGGACACAAGGUGUUGAUCUUUUCUCAGAUGACGCGCAUGCUCGACUUGCUCGAAUCAUUUUUCCAACAGCGCGGCGAACCGGUGUGCAGAAUCGACGGCUCGGUGAAACAAGACGACCGUCGCGAGUUCAUCGCUCGAUUCAACGAAGACCCGAAGUACGGCAUCUUUUUGCUCUCGACCCGCGCGGGAGGAUUAGGCAUCAACCUCACGGGCGGUGACACCGUUAUCAUUUACGACAGCGAUUGGAACCCGCAUCAAGAUUUGCAAGCGAUGGAUCGCGUGCACAGAAUCGGUCAAACCAAGCCCGUGCACGUCUACCGCUUGGCCACGGCGAAAUCCGUCGAAGGAAAAAUGCUCAAAAAAGCCGCCUCCAAGCUCGCUCUCGAGAAGCUCGUCGUCACCAACGGCGGGUUCAAACAAGAGAAAAACGACGACGGUCGCGCUUUCGGCGCUGACGAACUCAUGGCUCUCCUCAAGGGCGAAACCGGCGCCAACGACGAGGAUUCACCGCAGUCCGCCAACAUCUCCGACAAAGAUUUGGAAAUCAUCCUCGACCGCCGCGACUUGCUCGGCGAGAUCCCCCCCAACCCGCCGCGAGGAAUCGGGUUCGAGGAAAUCGAAGACAGGUCCGGCAUGAGCUUGCUCGGCAACGUCAGCGAAGCGUGA